AUGCCUACAGUACGAAUUGAAACGAACAUCCCAGCCUCGACAGUUCCCGAGGGCUUCAUCGAAGAGCUGUCUGCGUUGGCCUCCAAAUUGAUUGGCAAACCGGAGAAAUGGAUUUGUAUCAUCAUCUGUGCUGACACUCCAAUGUCCUUAGGUGGCAGUAGAGAGCCGUGUGCCUUUGUCAAUGUUUCCUCUAUUGGCAAGAUCAGCCCGGAGGAGAACCAAAAGUACACGGAGGGAUUCACGCCGCUGAUUUCGGAGAAAUUGAAGAUCCCCGCAGAUCGCUUCUACCUCCAAUAUUAUUGCCAGGACGCGAAUGAUGUCGGCUGGAAUGGGCAGACAUUUGCACAGAGGAUGCGCAGCUCGUCCUGA